GCGGGCAAGACAGGACGCGACUGUGGAGCCAGGGCGCGGACGGAGCUGGGGUGUGAGGAGUCAGGCAGGUGACGAAAAUGGGCGACUGGGCUUCCAGGACAGGAAUCUCCUGGUUCUUAGGCUUUGGCAAAUAGAGACACUGACGACCGGCCCCUGCCGAGAGGCCCCGCCCCGGCUUCGAGUGGAACGUGGGGCCGUGUGCAGGACAGCCUUGCACUUCAGUUUUGCAUUUCCCUCUAUAGAUCGAGGCCGCCAUGGAUAGGAACCCCCCUGAUGGCACAGGCCCUGUGCACGUGCCUUUGGGGCACGUUGUUGCCAAUGAGAAAUGGCGCGGGUCGCAGCUGGCACAGGGCAUGCAAGAAGCCGAUUUGGUGGCAGGAAAUAGCUACCGAAAGAGGCUGGUUCGCGUUAGAAAUUCCAGUAAUCUUCAAGGAAUUGCAAUAGUUGAAAAAACCCCGACGAGUGAACAGUACUUCCCAGCCAUACAGAAGUUUACUGUGCUGGACCUUGGGAUGGUGUUGCUCCCAGUGGCCGGCCAGGUGGAAGCGUCCUGCAUCAUCAUCCAGUUAGUUCAAGAGCAAACCAAAGAGCCCAGUAAGAACCCUUUUCUCAGGAAGAAACAGGCUCAGCUCUCUGAGCCAUUCUUACUUCGAACUGUGCAGCAGAUCCCAGGAGUUGGGAAAAUCAAAGCUUCCCUUCUGCUUCAGAAGUUCCCGAGUAUCCAGCAGCUGAGUAAUGCUUCCAUCCAAGAACUGGAGCAGGUUGUUGGGCAAGCAGCAGCACAGCAAAUUCAUGCGUUCUUCACACAGUCCCGGUGACAGCUCUUCUCACAGCAUCCACUACGGGUUCUACUUUACACCACCAACUACAGGAGCUUGUUUUCAUGUUUAAAAAUCAAGAAAAAAAGAUUUCCUCUCACAGCAACUAGUGACAGAUGAGGUGAGGCCUGAGAGGAACCUGCCAGCUGCCCUGUGCUGUCACUUAAGUUGGUGCUGCCCUGGUUCUGCUACCAUGAAGAGGGCCAAUGGCGAUCUUCCAAAGAGAGUCCCUUGAAUUAGAGACUCUCAGAUUGAUAAAAAAGCCAACUUGGGCAGAUUUGAAUGUGUGACCUUGACCUACAUCUAAUGGAAAGGUCUUAUCAGGUUUCAGUGGUUAUAACCUUCUAAAGGAGACAAACCUACAAUGAAGCACUGUGUACCAUAAGCCCCUUGUUCCUGGUGGCAAAGCCACUGUUCUUCAGGUCUGGUCUUAAUAUACCUGUGCUUCGAGGGUUGCUGCCAGUGUAAAUAAGUUGUACAGCCUUUGUGUUUCCUCCCUCAAUCGCUUCCUUUAUGGUGGCUGCACAGUUUGUUUAUAAUCACUGGGCACAUCUGAACACAGAAAGCCUGGAGUGGUGAGUACCCACUUAAAGAUAAAAAGCCAAUGUGUGUGUGGGGAGAGCUGGAGGGGGGAAUGUGUUUGUAAAUGUAUAGCCCAACAAUGUGAAGAUACACAGGAAAAUGGCAGGGCAGCUGUGUCCAGAAAGAUCUGGGGAUCCAAAGGUACACUUGCCUCUUCAAAAAAUAAAUACUGCCCUCGCCAGUUUUGCUCGGUGGUUAGAGCGUGAGCCCUCGGACUGAAGGGUCACAGGUUCCAUUCCCAGUCAAGGGUACGUACCUCAGUUGCAGGCUCAAUCCUGCUCCAGUCAGGGCCCAUGAGGGAGGUAACCUAUUGAUGUUUCCCUCUCUCCCUCCCUCCCAUUCUCUCUAAAACCAAUGGAAAAAAUAUCCUCAGGUGAAGAUUAAGUAAAUAAAUAAAUAAAAUUAAAGAUGCCAUAUGUUUUCAAAGAUACUAAGAUAACUUGAAAGUCUAGUUUUGUGAAUGUUAGUAGUUUUUUAAAAAGCCAAACAAUGAAAUCAUUUGUGCAUUAGGAUAGAAACAUUUUGAAAGGAAAGAAUUAAAGUGAAAAAGUAAAAAACAUUAACUCAGGCAAAUGAAUCUGUUUAUUUUAAACUUUCCCAAAGGUGUUGCUUCCCUUUUGAUAUUGCACACUAGAAAACAUUUUAAAUUCUUGUUAAUUCUCAAAAUUAGAUCUCAAUGCUAUGUUUUUAAACUAUAUAACUUGUACUAUGUCAACAGUGAAUCUUGUUAGAAUCACGGUAUCAUCCACCUUAUAGCAUGAGAAAUCAACUGGUAAGAAUGUCAUUUUAAAAAGUCAAGUGAAUCAUUUACAUCAUUACCUUAUAAAAUUCAACCCAUUUCAAAGACUUAAAAUAUACAAUUAUGUACUUUCUACUUUAAACAAAAUGAAAAAUGUUUUGAGUAUCAAACAGUAUAUUAUCUACCUUGUAGACAGCAUCUCCAUCUAACACUGCCGCUGUGUUAGCCACUUGUGAAUGACAUGUAACUAGAAGGAAGGCUACUCCAAAACUGCUUAUCUAAUAAGUCAUGACAAAUUGGAUACCAGGCUUUAUCUGGAAAUUGCAUUCAUAUUAUAUAGAAAUAGUAGUAAAAUCUUGUCAUUUUCGGUUAAUGAAGUACCCUUAGAAAGCACCUCUUUGUAACCUUUUUAGUAAUACAAAUUUAAACCCAUCGUUAUGGUCCCUUGAUUGCCUUAAUUUGGGCUCAUCUAGAUUCUGAGUUAAGGAAUGAUCUAUUACCCAAGCCUGGAAACUUACAAAUAA